UUUAUCGAUAAGUCCGCGGUCACACUGACAAGCAGAUAAAACGUAGAAAUUAAAUAGAUUAGCUUAAUAAAUGUUAAGUUAAAAGUGUAGAAACCUGAGACUAAGUGAAAGGAUGUCGAAACGCAGCGCUGAAGAUGCUACUGGCGGCAGCGGUAGCAGCUGCUUGGUGGCGGCGGCAGCGGCUGGGCAGCCACCCAUUAAGAAGGUGCACUUCGAGCCGCACCUCAUUGGGCCGGUUUCCACUCUCGAGGAGAUGGACAUCAAGGUGCUCGAGUUCCAAAACAAGAAGCUUGCCCAGCGCAUCGAGCAGCGGAUGCGCACCGAGGCCGAACUGAGGCACCGCAUUGAACAGCUGGAAAAGCGGCAAACGCAAGACGAUGCCGUGCUGAACGUGGUGAAUCGGUAUUGGAAUCAACUGAACGAGGACAUCAGAGUCCUGCUGCAGCGAUUCGAUGCAGAGACGGCCGAUGAGCUGGAGAACAAGAAUGAGAACGAGGUGACCACUUCGUUUCUAACGCAACUCUCCACAUGGGACAAGGAGGAACUGGACGAGAAGCUGGCCAACCGCGUCCAGGUGUCGAAGCGUGCAGUGGCCAAGAUCGUGCAGGUUAUUGAUCGGGUAAUGCAGCGUAAUGAGAAGAUAACUCAUGUUUUGAGAGGCGAUAGCCUGUCGAGUGCAACAGCGUCCGGGGCCGCGGGAACUAGUGGUGGAGAUGACGAGCAAAAGUCCAGUGGCGAGGCGGAAGCGGCUAUCCUUCGAGUCCAGGCGCUCGAGGAGACGCUCAAGAAGACGCACAUCGAGAUCAUGACCGAGAACCGCAGCCUGCAGAAUCUGAACACGUCGCUGCACGAGAAAUUCCACACAAUGUCGCUAAAAAUGAAGGAAUACCAGGACGCCCUCACCGCGAAGGAGACGGAGAAUGCCGAGCUCAAGAACCAAAUCGAUGAGCUGCAGUAUGACCUGGAAAAGAUCCACUGCCGCAACGACAAGCUCGAGAACCAUCUGGCUGAGGCCAUUGAGAAGCUGAAGGCCUAUCACCAGAUCUACGGCGAUCCUAACAAGAGCAGCAACAGUGCCAAGACCACAAGCACGGGUUCCGCCACUACCACAACCAGUGUGAACAGCCAGCUCCUGGAGGAUUUGCAAAAAGAGCUGGAAGAGUAUCGGGAAUUGGCCAACAAUCGAUUGCAGGAGCUGGACAAGCUGCAUGCAACGCAUCGCGAGACCCUCAAAGAAGUAGAGAAGCUCAAGAUGGAUAUACGGCAACUACCCGAGUCGGUGAUUGUGGAGACCACGGAGUACAAGUGUCUGCAAUCUCAGUUCUCUGUUCUCUACAACGAGUCCAUGCAGAUUAAAACGAUGCUUGACGAGACGCGGAACCUGUUGCAGACGAGCAAAAAUCAACAUCUCCGUCAGAUCGAGGUGAUGGAGAGCGAGGAGCUGAUUGCCCAGAAGAAGGUGCGCAGCGAGAUGAUCCAAAUGGAGGACGUCCUAGCCGCCAUACGCAAGGAGUAUGAAGUUUUGCGCAUCGAAUUCGAGCAGAAUAUGGCUGCCAACGAGCAGACGGCUCCCAUCAACCGCGAAAUGAGGCAUCUCAUUACCUCACUGCAAAAUCACAAUGGCCAGCUCAAGGGCGAGGUGCAGAGGUACAAGAGAAAGUAUAAGGACACGUCCACGGAAAUUGUCAAGAUGCGGAAGGAGCUGGACGAUGCCCUGGCCAAGCUGGAGGGCAACAAACUUCAAGCAGCUACAAAUGCUGCAGGCGAGGAGAUCAAGCAGGAAUCUGCGGCGAAUGUCAAAGAGGAGAAUGCCAACCACUCAUCCUCCUCUGGGCAGACAAACAAUACGAAUGCCGGCAGCGACACCAACAUAGCCAAUAUUAAAGAGGAGAACCCUGCCACGGCCGAUGAUGAAAUGGAUGACGAAGCUGGCAAGGAUGUCAAGGAUGGUAUUAAACAGGAAAAGCUUAGCGCAGCAGAGACCGCGACAGCAGAGAAGAAGGACUCUCCUGGGCCACAGAACUCAACAACAGGAGCCUCAAAUGCUGGUUCAGGAAACGCCGUCAAAUCCGAAAAGGAUUCCAAGGAUGGUGUGAAAGCCAAGGACGUGAAGACCGUGGAAAGCGAAACGGUACGCGAUCUCAAGGCCCAGCUAAAGAAAGCGUUGAAUGAUCAGAAGGAGAUGAAACUGCUGCUGGACAUGUACAAAGGCGUCUCGAAGGAUCAACGCGACAAAGUACAACUGAUGGCCACCGAAAAGAAGCUCCGGUCCGAAAUUGAGGAGCUGCGGCAACAGCUUAAGAAGCUGCAGGAGAGCAAGCGCGAAGAGCGGAAAAAGCUCGCCGACGAAGAGGCGCUACGGAAAAUCAAGCAGCUCGAGGAGCAAAAGUACGAGCUUCAGAAGCAAAUGGCCAACCAUAAGCCGUCGGAGAACGCGUGGGGCGGUGCACCCGGCCCAGCGGGUAACUAUACUCGGCCUUUUGUGGGCUCCCACGAGGAAGAGGCGCUGCUUAACGAAAUGGAGGUCACGGGACAGGCUUUUGAGGACAUGCAGGAGCAGAACUCGAGGCUCAUCCAGCAACUGCGCGAGAAGGACGAUGCCAACUUCAAGCUCAUGUCGGAACGCAUCAAGGCCAAUCAGCUGCACAAGCUACUGAGGGAAGAGAAGACAGUGCUUGAGGACCAGAUGGCCACUGCAACGAGUCAGAUCGAAGCCAUGCACGUCGUGCUGCGAAAGCUGGAGGAGAAGGAGCGCAGUCUACAAGCAACAGUGGCCUCGAUGGAGAAGGAGCUGAUGCUGCGGCAACAGGCCAUGGAGAUGCACAAGCGUAAGGCCAUUGAGUCGGCGCAAUCGGCGGCCGACUUGAAGCUCCAUCUGGAGAAGUACCAUGCACAGAUGAAGGAGGCGCAGCAGGUGGUAGCUGAAAAGACGAGCUCCCUGGAAGCGGAGGCGUACAAGACGAAGCGGUUACAUGAGGAGCUGGCACAGUUCAAGCGCAAGGCAGAGCGCAUGAAGAAGAUGGAAAUGUCUGGCACAACCAUCGACGAGGUGAUGAUCGAGGAGAUCCGCGAGUACAAGGAGACGCUCACGUGUCCAUCGUGCAAGGUGAAGCGAAAGGAUGCAGUCUUGUCAAAGUGCUUCCACGUCUUCUGCUACGACUGCCUGCGCACACGGUACGAGACAAGGCAGCGAAAGUGUCCCAAAUGCAACUGCGCCUUCGGCGCCAACGAUUAUCAUAGGUUAUAUCUGCAGUAAAUAAGCGAUAGACCCCCUUAAAGGUAAUUUAGGUACGUUUCGGAAUGUCCUAUUCACAACCACACACACGCACUCAUAGACAGACAUUCAUGCCGAAUUAUCCAUUAUGAGCAUAUAAUACGAGUAUCUAAUCUACGUAUGUAUGUACUAAUCUUUUGUUUAAGUAGCCUCCGAAUAACUCUCCCGAUUCCCACUGUGGGCACUUAUUUGAAUUUGUUCAUAUGGCGCCAAGCAUCUCACUAUGGGUUCGGCGAGACUUCGUCGCGGCUUUUCUAUGUAGCUUCUAGUUUUUGUAAAUCAAACUAUUUUUAAAUGAUUUAAUUUGAAACUAAAUGUACGAACUCUAAUAAAUGGCUAAAAACUUUAAUUUUA